AAGUUAUAACAUAAUUUAGCAGUGAGAUAACUGUAAUUUUAUUGCUACGUUCAAUAGAGAAAGCUGCUUAGCAAUUGUCAUAAGAUUUGUGAAUCUGAUUGCUGUAUGCUCUUAAUCUUGGCUGAUCUGAGAACAUAUACCAAUCAGAUUUAUAAAUUUAAUACAGCUUUCUUUGGUGAACACCAUACUAUUCUCAAGUAGUACGACUCGAUGAUGCAUCGGACAAUCUCCCAUUUUUUAGUAGUACGACUGAACAGUAGAUUGAAUAAACUUUGAUUUAUAUUUAUUAACGAAAAAUAUAAAAAGUUCUUUGCCGUAAUAAGUUUUAUUACUAAAAAAAUUGUCCGAUCUAUUAGAAUAAAAAAUUGAGAAAAUAAUCAAUUAUUAAACGAAAGCGAACAUCGACUCAACAGCCGAUUAUCAUUCACUUUCGUUACCCGCCAAAUAAUAAAAACACAUAUGAAGCAUGCUUGAAGAUUUAUAAACAAUUUUGGGUACAAUAACGACAUUCAACAUGGAUGUUGCUCCAAUGGGUAAUUUACCUUGUAGCAAGGAAUUAUGGUCCAUAAUAUCAGGCACAACAUGUUGUUGUGCUAGUGAUACAGUCGAAGAUGAAAUAAAGAAUAGUACUGUAAUACUCAAAGAAGGACUACAAUUUUUCAAGCCAUACACAGAAGAAUCAUUGCAAAGUAUUUCCAAAAAAAAUCCUCCUCCUCUCUCCCAGAUGUACGGUUUGAUUAGUAAACUUGCUCCACUUCUUAAUUUAGAUGUUGCAAUUACUUGGGAUCUGGUAUGCAAUUUUGUAUCCUAUGAAUAUAGAAAUUGUGCAGAGACUUUUGCAUCACAGCUCUCUGAUCUCACAUCCAUGAAAAUUCUAAUUGAUGAUAUUUGGAACUUUUACUACUCUGAGAGAGUGACCUUGAUUAAAUGCCUUAAACUCAUGAUUGAAUAUAAAAAUAACGAGAGACAUCCCCAUCAUAAGGAAUUUGCAAAGUUUUUUGAUAAAGUUUUGAUGGGAGAUUUGCUAGAGUCUGUACGAAAACAGAUAGAGUCAUUAAAGUUCGUAAAUCCACCUUUACGAUCGCCAUUAUGUACAGAAGAUCAUUUGCAUAGAUUAUACAAUAGCACUCUGAUUGAAAUACGUGAAUUACUUCACAUACUGACUGUGAUUGUACAUGAUAUACAUAUUACUGAUAACAAUUUCCCCAAAUUCUAUGGAAGUAUCGGGGGUGAACCUAGACGAUUAGCAAGUACAAAGAGUCAUGAGGACAAGGAAGCUAUUACUAAAAAAAUUGAAGCAAUUCAAUUCAGUCAGGUAGCCUUACUGCUUGUAGCCUUGGAUAUCAGGAAACAUACUGCUAUGGAAGACUGGAUAAGUAGCGUGAGAAGCAACAUGCAAGAAACCUUUGAACACAAAUGUGUCCGUGAAAGUUUACCGCAAGACGGACCCUUGCUUCUGUCAUGGAUGUUAGCUAAUUAUGCAAUUGACCCAGAUAAUAUAGAUAUAUUAAACCGCGUCCGACCUUUCGGUAUCAAAGCCAUACAGCUCGAUGUGUUCCACUAUCUGAAAGAUUUAAUGAAUUCUGAAAUGAUUCAAGAAGAUACUCACUAUGCUGAAGUGGCGCGGAGUAGCGUUUACAAUCUUCUCACUUUAGUGUGCGCCUUCGUUGAUGAAGAUCGACUAAGCGAUUUAAAUGGUAUCUUUGAUGCGAUGGCUGCUACUGUCAAAUUUCCAGAAUGUGCAACUCGAUUCUGGGACGAGCGAAACGACGGUUUGUGGCCAAUUUAUAAAGUUGCAGUCGAAUUAUAUCCCUACAAGUUUGAGCCUCUAACUAGUAUAGCUAUCGGCCUGGCAUCCACGACCGUUGCAAGUGCCAAAAAGAUCGCCUUGGAAUUGGACAAUCUGCCAUCAUUGACUAUAGAGGUUUCCCGCCAAAGAGAUUACAGCAAACCGUUACAACCGUACGAAAUGGAAUGCAAAAUUCAAAAGAACUCCUUUACCAUACCAAACAAUUGCGUCCGCGAGAACAUCUUCGUGCUGUCGAAUGAAAAAGAAGUGGUUUUAUUUCGCAUAAAGGCGAACUAUUGGGAUGCCUUGCAUCAUAAGAUAGAACAGUUAUUUUCUCAAGCAAGUGGCGGAAUUGCAAACAUCAGCGCAGUGAUGACCGAUUUACCGGAGGACGUUUGUCAAGGUUUGAAACUGUUGGAAGCAAUACUGGCCAAAGACAUGGAAAUACCGUUGAAUAUGGUAACUCCCACGGAACUGAGUUUCGAAAUUGUUAAUCGGUUCUCUUAUCCGGUCCUACCGACGAAUUUGUACAGAAUUGUCGCCGUAUGCAUUAGUCUCUCGUCCAAGUUGGUUUUGAGAUAUCCUGAGGACGUUCUACGAAUGCGGUCGGGUAUCUAUCCGAAAUUUAACAACUGGUAUCAAAAACCAGCGGAUUUCGCGGAAGCAAUCUCCUUUGACGGUGGCCUUGUGGCAUCCUGGCUUUCAGGGAUAGAAACCAUCGAACACACUUAUCCUAUCCUUCGUGCAUUUCUAGACACACUGUACAAUUACUUAAUCGCCAAACACAGUAAAGAGGCUAUGUAUACGAUCGAGAUACCGGGUAUGGUGUUUCUGCUGCAAGGUGUGUUACCCAAAUUGGAUUCAUGGUACUUCGAGUCGAACGCAGAAAGGAUCGACUUGUGGCUGAAAAGUAUGUUCUGCAUCCAUCGCGCUCUGGACUCGACCUUACCCAAGAACGACAUCCGCAACGAGCUACAACACGUUGUAGUAUAUAGCCUGCUUUACUUGGAGCCGCGUCAUGCCCUGCUGAAGUUAAUCCGGACGGGUGAGCGCACAUUGCACAACAAAAUGAUAACAGAGACAGAUUGGAUCAGCGGGAAAGGAUUCAAGACUACCAAGAGCGUGGAACUAGCUCUAUCGAUAGUGAAUAGACUGUUGAUGUUCAGGAAGUCCCUGGGUAUAGAACGAGGCGAUAGAUCGCCUCUCGAGAUCGCCUUAUAUUCCUCCCCAUUAGUACCCAACGGGCUCUUGAUAGUGCCAACCAUCGUCAAUUACCUGUACGUUUGGUUCAGUCCUUCGUUGCAGAAAAUGGCGGUCAGAUUAUUGAAGAAGUUCGCCGAAGAAUUCUCUAUGUCGCUACUCGUCUGCAUGGGAAUGGACGGCACAUCUAUACGAGAGACCUUCGCGUUUCGGUUGACGUUGCCGACAUGUGCGAUCGAAGUGAAAGUCGCCAUUCUGGAAUUAGUCGCCGUGUGUUUGGAGAAGCAACCUGGUUUAACGGAAGCCUUCUUCAAUAUCAUGCACCAAGCGGAAUGCAAGAGGAUUUUCCCACGACCGGCCGAUGAAUUUCUCACAGAGGGCUGCAGCCAAUUCUUGGACUCGUAUUUAGAACGAAUGUACAAGGAAGACGAUAUCGUGUGUGACAAGUUGUAUGAUAGCACAAUGACAGUGAUGCGCGCUAUGUGGUAUCAUAGGAACGAGAUCCUCGUAAAUUUCUUUCGGAAGCGAGAGAAGUUCUGGAGCUAUCUGUUCGCGCCGCUCUUCAAGACUUUGGUGCCCGGCGCGAAAGGUUAUUCCCAAUUGUUGGAUAUAAUCACACUGGAAUUGUACAAGAGCCCAUUGCUUGAGAAUAAUUUCUCGAAAAAUUUGAAAGAGCUUUUGGAUAAAUCUCAAGAUUAUUGGAAGAAGUUAGCAAUGUAUGUCCUCAAUAUCUCAAACGAUGAACACAAGACCGAGGAAGAUUGUACGAGGCAAGACAAACAUAUAGAUCCGUUAUACGAAAUCAAUUUAGAAUCAUGGUAUCACUUCAUCGUUAUGCUCACCGACGAUCGAACGGCCAAGAACUACCCAAUCAACGUGUCGCAGGCGCAUCUUCUGAGUCAACUGGCCCUGGACUCCUUGUUAGAGCGAGUGAAGGAACCUGACGAUUCCAGCAGCGGCAAGAUUCCGAUGUUGUUGGCUUCUUUGUCUCUAAGAUGCAUCACAUCUUGGAAACAGAUGUGCGUCGGUGACUCGAGGAUUUUCAAGACCAGAUUAUCACAGCUCACGCAAGAAGUAGCUCAGACUUAUCGAGGCUUCGGAAAGGCUUUGCGACAGACAUUAAUCUCGUUACUCCUCGGUUGUGUGCAGCUAGUGAAAAGCACUUUAGCCGAAGACUCGGCAAGUCUUGAGUAUCUUUUGGCACAUUCUUGUACGAUCGCUUUCAGCGAAUUGGAGGAACUGAAGGACGCCGCUCGUCAAUUGGAACACCGAAAGCAACAGCUCUCCGUCGAUCUGAAAACCGACGAGAAAGACACACAGAAAAAGGUCGACUACAACAACGCGGAGACGCUCCGUGGUAUGCGAGAGAGUUUACCAGCAACAUUAUCUAUCUGUUUGGUGACGCAGUUGUUGCGUUCUUACGUCGAGCGCAGUGCGAGCUCCAAGCAUUGCCGAAGAGCCAACUGCGUGCAACUUCGUCAAAUGAUACCUGAGCUGAUGGCGUGCGUUGGUAACACUCUGCAAAAAUACCCGUAUCUGAAAUUCAGCACAGCUGCCUUGAGUUUACUCGGUGUAAUCUCGCGUUCCCCAUACUGUCCACAUCCUAUUAACGACAAUGACAUCACGAAACUGUGGCUCAGCUUAAUUCCGCCGACGGACAUUGCUAACAGCAUGCUCGACUCGUUAUACGACGAUUCGGCAAACGGUCGGUGGCGUUGUCAAGAUUGGUGGCCGCUCUAUACAUUGGGUCUAGAAUUUCUUAUCGGUCUGGUCACCAGCGAAACGCACAUGGUUUACGCUGACCACGUAGCCCUGUUCUUGAAUUCCCACGAGUAUCAACUGAUGGUCGUGUCCACAUUGUUGAGACACACCGCCGAUCUGUUGGCCGCCGAUCUAAUACAGUCGCUGGUCGCCCUCAUUCAUGCUAUAGCCACGCAAACGUACAUUUGGAAUGCGAUUCAGCCGAGUGUACGUGAGACGCUCAUCAAGUGUAUGUACUUGGCUUAUGAUAGCACGGUGAAUUUGUUGCUGAGACCGCGGAUACUCAAAUUCAUCAUCGACGGCAUAAGCGUGGAGAGCGCCGAGGAACUCGAGUCCUGUGACAAUCGACUGCCAAGCGGUGAAUUGAAGUUACUGGUAAACAAGCUUAUUGUUAUAAACACUACUUGCGCCCUGACCUUCGUCCACUUUUCGCCGAAGCUGAACACUUUGGUGGAUACGAUAUACACGCAAGAUUAUUGGUACACACCGAUGGCGGAGAUGAACUUUGGACCACCGCAGAUGAGCAUGAGUUCUGGUCCGCAGCUCACUUACGGCACAAUCAUCAGCUCGACUCAACUGUUCACUCAGGCUCUCCAUUCUCGUUCGCAGCCGACCGCUUCAUUACCGGUUUCUUCGUCGUCUACAUCGCAGUCCGGACGAGAGGAUAAAACGGAUUCUGCAAAGAAGGAGUGGGAACGUGCUGCACCGGAAAAUUUACGGCGUAUGCAUACGAGCAAGGAUUUGCGAAGGAUCAUUCACGCGGCCUCGGGAUCUACAUCCAGGACAUCUGCCAGUAUCGGUGGAGAAUUCUUGGGAUACGUCAGUGGCUUGGAUGUUACUGUACCGUUGCUCAGCAGUCCUAGAUUGGUACGUCGCCCAUAUGAUCCACUGAUAUGCGAAAACACUAUCCUUUCGAGAGCGACCGCUUUGGCAACCGGCAGACACGUCACCAAGAGCAGUGGCAGCGGAGCUGCCGGCGCUGGUAAUGGCAGUCCGAAUAUAGCAAGGAACCACAGGUUUAGCGAUCCAUGGUUCGAGUCCAUGGAUGAAAACAAUACACGUCUGGCAUUGGAGAUCAAUCUCAUCCUGAUAUUGUCCCAAGCGCUGGAAGGAGUCAAAAGUCCUAGGCUCGCUUUACGCGAUCGUCAGCUCAUAGCACGGGAGACUGCUACGGAGUUGGGGGUCUUUUUCGAUUUCCUCGAGCACCGGGGCACUCCCGAUAUCUGGCAAGUGAAGGGUUCCUUGAUAGAUGCGGAUACCAAGAGUUCUAGGACGAUUCAGAGCACAGGAAAUUUGGUACAAAUGUAUCUACCAGCGAGACUUCAAGAGAACAGUACUAUUGACAAAGCACCGGUGUGUCAAUCCGAUCUUGAUGAUUCUUCGAGUACGGAAAUGACCAGUAAUGAGAUACGAGAGAGGAGACUCGACGACAAUAUCCUUACUACCGGUGCGUUUAAAGCAAACGUUAGUAGUGUGCAGUUCUUACCGUUGAUGGGGAAGUUGCUGAAGACGGUCGUGGAGUCGUUGGACUCGGCACAAUUCCGAUAACAGUAAGAUCGUACCCUUUGAAUAUAGAAGCUUACAAUAUACAGUUUAUCUCGAAGUGAAAUUUUGACAUUGACAGUAAAAGUGCUCAAUGUGUGUGUGUGUGUGUGUCCAACACCGAGUUGGACAUUUUGGAGUAACAUUUAAAUUAGUACAUAAAUUUUUGUUGCCACACAUAUUACAUUCUUUAUGUAAUUUUGGUAAAUUCGCGCGGUACAGUUGGUUAUUUAUGUAUUACUUUUGCGAAAAACGGCGUAUUACAAGAUAGAUGUUAUGAACGAUAAAAUUGUAAUAAAUAUAUCAAUGACUCUGUUAUAUCAUUCGUGCAUCGAAAUACAAACAUUUUAUUCACAUGUGGAAAUGACCGGAUAUUUAGAGGAGAGCAACAUUAGGGAGAAGGAGGAAUAUAAAAAAUAUGAAGAAUACGAUAUUUUUAAUUUAGCGUGUACUUUUAUAUCAACACUAUUUAUAAAUGAUUGAACAUAAAGCAAUGCACAUAUCCAGUAAAUUAGAAAUGUUUUGUGAUCCUUAAAUAGUUUCUAGGAAAAUGUGAGAAUAUAAACUAUAUAAUUUUAUACACAGCCAACUACACUUAACGAUGGACAAAACGAAUCAUUAGAACCGCCAAUUACGCGCGUUCUUUACGUUAAAAUAAUGAUGAUUAUGUUUCUAUUGACUCUCACUUAAUUCAACCGGUUCCAAUGAUCAUAGAGUUUUGUAUUUUACGGAAUGACAAAUUGUUUCACAAGGGAGAUUUCAUGAUUGUUAUAAAUAUACUGUUGAUCUGAAAAGACAGACACGCUUUUCGACAAGUUGCAUCGUGAUCAAUUACGUAGUACAAUAAUCUAUCUACAUAACUUUUCACACGCGGUAUGUAACACUAUUCUACCCCUCCACUGACCCAUCUACAUUUUCUCAACAAGUUUUUUCGAGAUAUAUCUUCCUUUCCUAUAGAAUAUGUAUGUAUGGAGACAGAGAGGAGAAAAAUAGAAAGAAAGUUUUACAGUGA